AUGCCAUUGGAUAGAAAUUGCAAAGAUGAAGAUACACAACAACAGCAGCAUAGAAACACAAACAGAGGCUUGGUUAGUCCGGUGAAGUUAAGCCAGGUUUUACAGAAGUUGUUGUACUUAACUGGCCAAUCACAGAAUCAGCUAGAUCACCUGUUUGCACUUAGGCAGGUUCUCAGGAGGCAGUUCCUGGAUAUCCUCGGCGAAAGGUGUACAGAGAGAAUAUUUUCAGUUGUGAUUGGACAUGCAAACUUUACUGCUGGUAACAGGACAACUUCACAGAGGAUGCUUAUUGAUGAAUUCCUUAAUGUACCACACAGUUGUCCACUUCUGAGGGCUGAUAAGGUGAAAGUAAAGUUUUCAACCAUUGUAGAUGUAAAAGGAAGCAUCUCUGAUGUUUCAAGUGACAGUAUGGAGUGGAAGUUUUCUAGACAAUUAGCUAAUGAUCAACAGGUUGGUAUUAAUUUAUUUUAG